CAAUGGGAUGGUAAGAUUGCACAUCAAAGGGCGGGGCUAGCGUUAGUUGAUGGUUUUCCCGCUUCGUGCGUCACUGGCUGGUUGAUGGAUCUCUGUUAGCAAUGGGAGCUUGCAUCCGCUGUCAGAGGUUUUGACAGAAGAUAUUCGGCUGCUGCGGAGCCCAGUUGGCAAGUAUGGUGUGGCACGGCAUGAUGACGGAAUUGCAACCCUUCCAACAUACUCUCCAGGGUAACCCCCUGGCCGUGGGCCAAGCAGAGCAACACUGUGGCGCAAAUCAGGAUAACAGAAAGGUCAGCGAGGAAGAGCAGCACCUCUCGCAAGGCCCAGCAGAGAUCGAGUCAAGCCAGCCAGUGAACAUCCCAGAUCUAACUAAAAGAAAAAAGAAGAAAAGAACCAGAGCAACGGACAGCUUCACAGGCACUUUUGAAGAUCUCUACAAAUUGACAGAUGAGGUGCUUGGACAGGGCGCUUAUGCUAAAGUUCAGGGAUGUGUGUGUCUGCAUAACGGACAGGAGUAUGCUGUGAAAAUCAUAGAAAAGUCCGCAGGACACAGCCGCAGUAGAGUAUUUCGAGAGGUGGAGACUCUUUACCAGUGCCAAGGAAACAAAAACGUUCUGGAGCUGGUCCAGUUCUUUGAAGACGGCUCCUGCUUCUAUCUGGUGUUUGAGAAGCUGCGUGGAGGCUCCAUUCUUACUCACAUCCAGAACCGAAAGCACUUUAAUGAACUGGAGGCCAGUAGAGUGGUAAAGGACAUUGCACAAGCUCUGGAUUUUCUGCACACAAAGGGCAUCGCUCAUAGAGACCUUAAGCUGGAGAACAUACUCUGUGAAUACACUGAUCGGGUGUCACCUGUGAAAAUCUGUGACUUUGAUCUGGGAAGUGGAGUAAAGCUAAGCAGUGCCUGUACCCCCAUAACGACUCCAGAGCUCACCACACCGUGUGGCUCAGCAGAGUACAUGGCUCCUGAAGUGGUGGAGGUGUUCACAGACGAAGCUUCCUUCUAUGACAAGCGCUGUGACUUAUGGAGUCUCGGCGUCAUCCUCUACAUCCUGCUGAGUGGGAGCCCUCCCUUCACGGGCCACUGUGGUACCGACUGUGGCUGGGAUCGUGGAGAAACGUGCAGAGCGUGCCAGAGUCAGCUGUUUGAGAGCAUCCAGGAAGGCAAGUACGAGUUUCCGGACAAGGACUGGGCACACAUCACGGAAGGUGCCAAAGACCUCAUAUCCAAGCUGUUGGUUCGGGACGCCACCCUGCGCCUCAGCGCCGCUCAGGUCCUCCAGCAUCCUUGGGUGCAGGGGAAAGCUCCAGAGAGAGGUCUUCCAACUCCUCGUGUUCUGCAGAGGAACAGCAGCACCAAAGACCUGAGCCAGUUUGCAGCAGACGCCAUCGCCUUUAACCGGCAGCUAUCCCAGCACGACGAGCAUCAGGAGGACGUGGGAGCGAUUGUCUGCUCCAUGAGGCUCUCUCCUCCUUCCAACUCCAGACUGGCCCGCAGACGGGCCCAGUCCAGCGCGCUGCGCAGCAGCGACUUUUCACCUGCCUCUGAUGACCUCGCCGCCUGAAACACGAGCUCAACUUCCCUCGUUGUGUUCUGAUCGAUCCCAGCCUCCGUCGGCUCGUUUUUCUGCCUUUUUUUAUUGUUUUCACAGUGAGUUUGCUGGGAUCGGUGAGUCGAUAUCCGAGGUGACUGUUUCUGGUGUUGAAGGCUUUUCAUCAUGGUCGACAAUCUCAACUUUUAAAUAGCCCGAGCACCAGGAGGAUUGUUAAUUGUCAGCUGGCACCUUUUUCUAAAUGAAAAGAGCUUUAGUCUGAUUUUUAAACGGGGACGAUCGCUUGUCAGAUUAGCAUUAGCUUUUAGAACAUAUCAGGUUUAUUUAUAUAUGAUGAUCCAAAACAACACAAACCUCUUAAAGCCAGCCGUUUGUUAUGAAACACAUCCUCAGCAGAACAUUCGGGACAGUGGUGCAGAUGUUUCUGUCCUAAUGCAAUUUGAUUAGACUUUUAUUUUCUCUUAUUCAGCUGUGAAUCUGUUAAUAUUAAGCUUUUUAGUUACUGAUGAAAAUGGAUGGGUUUUGCUUUUUUAAAGUGUGUGUGUGUGUGUGUGUGUGUGUUGUGUGUUGUGUGUUGUGUGUGUGUUACAUAUAGAAGAGAACGACUUCUCUUCAUUUUACCGGUUUGUGUUUGGCUGUCAGGGAAACAUGCAGGUAGAAAGAUCAGGGGUAAGAAUGUGUAUUUAGCUUUUACGUCAACACAAGCUACCUGUAGCACUUGCGUACUUUAAAAUAAAAACAAGUGAGUUGUGAGGAUUUCAUGAAGCCUUCGUUUGCUCAUGUUUCACUUUUCAGAGAUGACUACAGUUCUCAGUGAUCCAUCGCAUCAAGAAGAUAUUUAAGUUAUUUUUCCUGAAUCUUGCAUACGAGUGUAGAAGGGAUGUGUUGCUGUUACAGUAGCUAGUAUUAUGGUUUCACCUACCUAAGUAUUUCCAUGGUUCUCUGAAUGUGCCAAUAGAAAGAUUGAUGGACCAAGCUGAGGGUUGCCUUUGAGUUCAUAAAGUUUACUAAGUUUUCUCAUUUUUAAUAAGUUUUAUUAUGUUUAUGUUUAUAUUUAUGUAUUUAGCAGACACUUUUGUCCAAAGCCACUUACAAGUGAUAAUUGGCAUGUUGCCCUUGAGGCCAACAACAAUAACAACAACUCAACAUCAAAUUAUUAAAUUAGUAACAAUCUGUGUUUCAGUGGGAUUUCAAAUGGGAGUUUGCCGUUUUAACUUUGUUUGCAGCUGCUAAACAACAGCUCCCCUCGCCUCACACUGUUGCCAUGGACACCACAUCCCUAUAGCAACUAAGGGCCUUCAUCGGCUCACAGGAAAUGAGGGAUUUGCUCAGACUGCAUUAAGAAAUGGCACUUGCUGUAAUAAAAGCCUCAUUAUAUCAUAUUCUCCCCCCUCUUGUCAGCCACAAUGUUAAAUGAGAUGCAGUAAUGCGUGUUGAAGGAGUCCUGUGAGUGAAGUUCUUGGAGUGAGUUUGCCAUAAAGGGAUGCUGUGUUCUCAAUAAAAAACAAAAAUGA